UAACACACUUACUGCUUCUAAGCAGAACUGACCACUGAUUGCUUUUCAAAAUCCUUCGAAACAUAAAACUACACCUUUGACUCCGCUGACCGGUUUUUUUUUUCUGCAUCCAUAUGAAAAUUGAACUGAUGGCAGCUGCUUUUGGCGGGACUUCCUCAUCAAUAAAAGCUCUGAGCUCCUGGCUCAGACUCACUCUUCAGUCAUGAAGCUGUGGUGAAGAUGUGGUUCCUCCUCUUCCUCCUCUCCUCCGUCGCUCGCUGCGACGCGCUCAACUUUCAAGAUCAUUUCAGAGUGCUCCUACGGGACAAAAGCAACCCCUGUGAGGGCCAUGUUGAGGUCUACUACAAUAACGAGCUGGGUUAUGUCGGAGACAAGUACUGGAACGCCAACACCGAAGAGGUGGUGUGCAGGAGCACUCAGUGCGGCGAGCCCGUCACGAACUCGACGAGCGACGUGCGCAGGUCCAUGAAACACAAAGUGUGGCUCAAUGAGCUGAAAUGUAACGGGAAAGAGACCAACCUGUGGGACUGCCCCGGCUGGCCCGGUCCGGCCGUCAGCUUUUACCAGAAGUCAACUGUGAAAAGAAUCAAAUGUUCUGAUAAAGUCGAAAUAAAGCUGAAGCAACACAGAUGUGAAGGAGCCGUGCAGUUCAUCAGAAAUGGAAAACCUGGUUACAUCUGCAAAGACAACUUUGGAGAUGAAGACGCCUCGAAGUUGUGUGAAACCCUAGGCUGCGGAGAGUUCGACAAAAUGCUGCAACCCGAGUGGAUGAUCGAGAAAGAUUUUCCCGAAUCAGAAACGAUGAUGCUGAACUGUUCAGGCAUUAAAGAUGUGACCAACCUGUGGCAGUGUGUGCGUCCCGUUUCAGGCCAGUCCUGCCAGCAUCCUGCCUCUGUCUCCUGCACAGGUCAUGAGAAACUGCAGCUCAAAGGAGAACCGUCAAACGUCUGCUCCGGACAACUGCAGCGCUUCAAAACUGGCACCUGGGAAACGUUUAAAAUCAAUACAACAGAUAGUGAUAACUGGUGCAAGCAGAUGCACUGUGGUGGCUCUCCUGUCCAGACGAACCAGAUGACAGAAAAUCUCAAAUGUUCAGACAGAGUCAAUGUGUUGCUGAUGGAAAACACAAAGGAAACCAAAUGUUAUGGAGAAGUCCAUAUAAAAGUGAACAGCACAAUCUCUCCAGUGUGUUCCUCUGGCUGGGGGGAGAAGGAAGCUGAAAUGAUCUGCAAAGAGUUAAAGUGCGGGAAAAUGCUCUCUCAUAGUAAGAUACUGCGUCGAAAUAGAGAACCUGGGAUUAUGGAUCAUGUGAAGUGUGACCGUGGUGAGGCCUCACUGUGGCACUGCAGGGCGAAACACAGCAAGACCACAUGUUCUUCUGUUCCUAAAGUGUUCUGUACAGAAAGCAUGGAUGUGAGGCUGGUGGACGGGCCUGGAAAAUGCUCCGGGAGGCUGGAAGUCUACCACGAGGGCAACUGGAAACAAGUCAGCACCAGCAGCUGGAUGGUCGACAAUUCAAAUCAAGUCUGCAAACAGCUGAAGUGUGGAAAGAAAAUGAGGGAAAACAGCAAAGACACGUUCAAAAAGGGAGCUGGGGAGAUCCUGAGCCUGGAGUGCAGAGACGGCAUGUCUCACAUAUCUGAGUGUAAAAUUAACUCAGGACCUGCAGGCAGAGACCAACAUCCUGUWGGAAUCACCUGUGAUGAACACAAGGUUGUUUUUCUGGACGGGCCUGAAUCGUGUUCUGGCAGAGUGGGGAUAGAACAAGGCGACAGAACCUAUUGGCUCUCCGGGUCCGAGGAGACGUGGAACCAAAARGCAGCGAACAGCGUGUGCCAACAGUUGCACUGUGGGAAAGCUAAAAACUUUACGUCUGAGUCUUAUAACGAUACCACACCUGUUUGGAAGGAGGUUUACAGCUGCUCAGACAAACACAAGUCUUUGUUUGAAUGUAAAAAAACUCGGCUCGACCCUGCAUCUGUCUUCAACAUGACUGUUGCCAACGUGAUGUGCACAGGACAAAUUACAGUGAGCCUGACCAGCACCUGCUGGGGGUACGUCACCGUCUCUGCGGAAGGGAAACGUGGAGGUAUUUAUGCAGAAACCUGGACAGAGGACAUGUCCAAGAAGCUGUGUGAAGAACUGAAAUGUGGGGACAAGAUCAAGCCUGUAAACACUCCGACUGACCAAAGUAACAUUAUCUGGAAGAGUCUGCACGCCAGAAGCCAGACCACCUCUCUGAACAAGUACACUUUUGUCCAAAUGGGCAGUGGUAUAAAUGACAUUAUUAGGGGCAGUUCUGCAAAAGCCUAUGUUGUCUGCAAAGACAGCGUCACGCCGAGGUUCAGUACGACCCGGGACAAAUGUUCUGGUAAUAUUGAAAUGCAUUAUGAGGGCAGGUGGCUUCCAGUUUUGAAGAAUUUUUAUGAUACUUCAACUCAAACUCAGACUCAGAACACCAUCUGUAAUAAGCUGAAGUGUGGAGACGCUCUCAGUGUUGACACCUACUUUGGACCAAAACCAGAUGUGGAGAGUGUCGUCCAAAUAAGGUGUACUGAUAAAGUUUUUUCAUCCUGUGAUAUAACUACUGAUAAACCACCGACAGACAGCUUUGCACUGCAAGCGCUCCAGUGUUCUGAGUUCAGGAAGAUGGCAUUAGAGGUGGAUUACGCCUGCAAGGGUGAAGUAAGCAUUUAUUCUAAAGGCAUGAGAAGUGUUGUUUCCAGCCAAAGCUGGACAAAAGCUGAGGGGCAGAGGCUCUGUAAGGAUCUGAACUGUGGAAACUUCAAAUCACUAAAAACCAUUCCUUUGGAUGCAUCUGACAACAUCUGGAAGAAAACCUUCAGGUGUCCUUCUGAUGCUAACAGUAUUUGGGACUGUGAACGGGACGCUGCACCUUCAGAGCUGAACAACAAGCUCUACAUUGAAUGUGGCGACAGCGUCUCGUUCAGCAUGACAGGAAACUGCAAUGGUUACAUCAUGAUCAAUUAUCAAAACAGGCAGGAAAACUUGUGCAAAGCAAACGUUUCCGAGGAACUAUUGAGCAACGUGUGUGGAGACAACGACUGUGAGUCUGUUCAGCCCACUACCCCACCUCCACCAGCGAAGCCGAUAAAACCAGUUCCCAUCCUCGUAGGAGUGGGAAUCUUCCUCAUCCUGGUCAUCUUGAUUGUGAUUUUCAUUCGAUACCGCAUUAUCAGGAGAAACCGAAAAGCCAGAGUGGCAUCAAAUAUGCUGCCAGAGCAAGAAGGCGAGUGGGAUAGUGGGGAGUACGAUGAUGUGGACAAAUCAGAUGAACCUGAAGAUUWCAGUCAAGGAUUCAAAUCAGAGUCUGAAAUUAAAAACGAGAACGAUGUAGAAAGCAACGCCUCUCUCAGUUACGACGAUGUCGAUGAGGUGGCUGAGACUCGGCCUCUCACUUCUCCGGGAUCCACAGACGCUCCCUCAAAGAACAAAGUUCCUAUCCUCAAUGGCGUGACCUACGAGGUGGACGGCUCGGAGGAGAAUUAUGACGACAUUGAUGCCAGCUCUGAGGCCGCGCGGACCAGGGCUGAAGUCCACGACGGGCCCGAAACCACACAAAAAACAGAUGCAGCUGCGCCUCAAGAGUCGGUGCAGAAAGACGAAGAUUACCUCGUGCCCGGACAAGAUGGGUGA